UCCGCGGGGAACUGUGUGAGGGGUAGGGGAAACUUUGAAAGUUGGAUGCUGCAGACCCGCUUUUUUUCAAGGUUCUUCUUUAUCUUGCUGCAUCUGAAGGCAUGGGUAGCAAGAAACUAAGACGAGUGGGUUUAUCACAAGAGCUGUGUGACCGUCUGAACAGACAUCAGAUUGUUACCUGUCAGGACUUUCUAUGUCUUUCCCCACUGGAACUUAUGAAGAUGACUGCCCUUAGUUAUCAAGGUGUCCAUGAACUUUUGUGUGUGGUCAGCAGGGCCUGUGCCCCACAGAUGCGAACGGCUUAUGAGAUAAAGACACAGCGGUCUGCUGCUCCAUCACCAGCAUUUUUAUCUACAACCCUCUCUGCUUUAGAUGAAGCCCUGCAUGGUGGUGUAGCUUGUGGAUCCCUCACAGAGAUUACAGGUCCACCAGGUUGUGGAAAAACUCAGUUUUGUAUAAUGAUGAGCAUUUUGGCUACAUUACCUACCAACAUGGGAGGAUUAGAAGGAGCUGUUGUGUACAUUGACACAGAGUCAGCAUUUAGUGCUGAAAGACUGGUUGAGAUAGCAGAAUCUCGUUUUCCCAGAUAUUUUAACACUGAAGAAAAAUUACUUUUGACAAGCAGUAAAGUUCAUCUUUAUCGGGAACUCAGCUGUGAUGAAGUUCUACAAAGGAUUGAAUCCUUGGAAGAAGAAAUUAUUUCAAAAGGAGUUAAACUUGUGAUUAUCGACUCUGUUGCUUCUGUGGUAAGAAAGGAGUUUGAUACACAACUUCAGGGCAACAUGAGAGAAAGGAACAAGUUCUUGGCAAGAGAAGCAGCCUCUUUGAAGUAUUUGGCUGAGGAAUUUUCAAUCCCAAUCCUACAGUUAGAGGAAGACAGAAGAGGUAAAAAGAAAUUGGAGAAAAGAAAGAACAAAGAGAGAAAGAUGACCAGAACAAGUUUAAGAGAAAUAGGACAGGUUAUCUUGACGAAUCAAAUUACAACCCAUCUGAGUGGAGCCCUAGCUUCUCAGGCAGACCUGGUGUCUCCAGCUGAUGAUUUGUCCCUGUCUGAAGGCAUUUCUGGAUCCAGCUGUGUGACAGCUGCACUAGGAAACACCUGGAGUCACAGUGUGAACACCCGGCUGAUUCUCCAGUACCUUGGUUCAGAGAGAAGACAGAUUCUCAUUGCCAAGUCCCCUCUGGCGACCUUCACCACAUUUGUCUACACCAUUGAGAAGGAAGGCCUGGUUCUUCAAGAGGCCAUAGGGACACUAUGACCUUUGUCUAGAGCUGAUGGGGGUGUGAUUUGUGAAAUGAAACAGGACCGGGCUGCUUGGAAGAAGGAAACGGAAGCCAACAUAAUGGGGAUUAAUUAGUUGAUUGCUGUUGAGAUGGUAACAGAUUUGCACACCCCCCCCCCUUACCAUUGAACCAGCCAUCUCAGACCUAGCAGGGAAGGUGAAGAUGAAGAGGCCUUUGUUCGGGUCUCUAGAUGCUUGGGGCUGUAGGCUUUGCCGCCAUGGGAUGGCAACAGCCAUAAUAAUAAUAAUUUGCACUUAUAUAGUACCUUUCAACCAGGCACCUCAAAGCGGUUUAACCACAUUAAUUAAUUAAAGCCCACAAUCCCCCUGCGGAGAGGAGGAGGAUGACUAACAGGAUUUGUAAUUACAGGAGGGAACAUUUCCGAAUAAAGUAUUGUCCACCAAAUAAAAAGAGUAGGUGUAAAGGAAUUGGGGUCUCCAAAGAGUAACUGAUUCAGAAAUGAAAUCAUGGAAAGUUGGGGGAGGCUGGGGGCGGACAUGGGCCUGAGGGUCUGCUCUUUUGUCAGAGGGAGGUUGAUGGGCUCAGAAUUCACUGACAGGUUCGGAUCCAACUGAGAAGCGGGACAUGUAUGGUAUUAGUGGCAUUUGGAAGGUCAUUAGUGGUACACCUAUUGUGGUGUAAAUUCAAGUUUCACUGGUACAUUGUGUAGAGCCCUGCAGAACAAAGAGUGAGAUUUCUGCAGUAUUUAAUAAAGGAUGAAAUGAUUUCUUUAGAUCCAAAGCCCAAGGCUGGGCCAGUCAAUUAGCAAAUAAAUCAAUUGGUGACCCAUAGGAUAAUUUAGUCCUUUCUAGCAGAACACCCAGCCCAUACCCCCUCCUUCCUCCAUGAGGUUUCCAACCAAAGCUUCAAGGCUGUGGGCUUUAGCCCCUUCAAAGCCAGGCGUCAGAUCUUCCCAGCCUUUGGCACUGGGACCUCUUUUACCCAAAUUGUUGGUGACACUCAAGCUGCCCUCUGUAGAAUCACUUUGUAUCUGCUCCCCUUCAGAGGUUUUUAAACACCUUGGAUGCUAGAAUCAAGUCUUGUCCUAUCUCAUGUCUGCUAUCAAUGCC